AUGGGUAUCAACAAUCCGAUUCCAAGAAGUUUGAAAAGCGAGACACGGAAGGCGGCCAAGAUUCUGGCAUCUUUUGUGAAGCCGAAUCAGGUGUUUGGGGCUGAUCAGGUCAUCCCGCCAGAUGUGUUGAAGAAGGCAAAGGGGCUUGCAGUGAUCACCGUUUUAAAAGCUGGGUUUCUUUUCUCGGGGAGAGCUGGUUCCGGUGUCAUUGUGGCGAGGCUCCGGGAUGGCACCUGGUCUGCGCCGUCUGCUAUUGGGAUGGCCGGUGCCGGUGCCGGUGGGAUGGUAGGUGUUGAGUUGACGGAUUUUGUUUUCAUAUUGAAUUCCCCUGAGGCUGUGAAAUCCUUUUCGGAGUUUGGGACCAUCACAUUGGGUGGUAACAUCUCGGUGGCCGCAGGCCCCCUUGGUAGAAAUGCGGAGGCUGCGGCGUCCGCAUCUACUGGUGGUGUUGCCGCGGUGUUUGCGUACUCAAAGACUAAGGGUCUCUUUGCAGGUGUCUCUGUGGAAGGUUCUGUGAUAUUGGAGAGAAGAGAGGCCAACAGAAAGUUUUACGGUGACAGUUGCACGUCUAAAAUGAUUCUUACCGGCAGAAUUAGACCUCCUCCAGAGGCUGAUCCCUUGUUCCGAGUUUUGGAAUCCAGAGCGUUUACUUACAGGUCGAGGGACGACGACUAUGAGGAUGAUGACUACUACGACGAUAUCCCAGACUCGUUUGAUUCUGGGGAUGUCAGUUCAAGAAGAGCCAACACCAGGUCUACCAGAAUGAGAAACGGCUCUGGUUCCCGUCGCGAGUCCAGUUAUUAUGAUGACGAUGACGACGAAUACGAUGAUUACGGGUACCCAAAUCGUCGACGCGGUGCAUCUCGCCCCUCAGCCUCCAGAGGUGGCGCCGGGUAUAGCCGCAGGUCAGCUCACAAUGACGAUGCUGACGACUUCGAUAACGAUUCGAACAGCGCGGGUAACUAUUACGCCACUCAUAGAUUGCAGCUAAGUCCUCGUCGUGGUAGAAGUGGGAGUGGCAGCGGUGGUGCCUCUGCAUCGCGUUGGGAGGAUGACGUGUAUGACCGGGGACAGGGGCAGCGGUCCAGUAGAUACAACGACGGGAAUGAUGUGGAUGACUUGUCAAACAGGUUUUCAAAAUCAAGGAUUUCAUCCAAUGGUGGCUCAGCAGGUGUGAACCGCUCUACGAAACCUUCUUCAUCACCCUCGAUAUCUGGUGCGCCAAAGGCUGUUGCGCUGUACAGCUUUACAGGAGAGGAGUCUGGUGAUUUACCCUUCAGAAAGGGUGAUGUAAUCACUGUCUUAAAAAAAUCGGACUCACAAAAUGACUGGUGGACGGGCAGAGUUAAUGGAAGGGAGGGUAUCUUUCCUGCCAACUACGUUGAACUGGUAUAG